CUGACAUUGAGGAAAGCUACAAUCACCUGUGUUUGUUAUCGCAUCCUAAAAACAAAAAAGGUAGGAACAGAUUAUAGUAUUUUCUCCAAGAGUAUACGUGACAAAGAGGAUCCCCAUCAUGGUGUCCGGGAAGCGUCUGGCUGACAUCGGCUAUCGGACGUUCUCCGCCUCGAUGAUGCUGCUGACGGCCUACGGAGGAUACCUGUGUGCGAUGCGAGGCUACCGCUUCGUGCAGAAGCAGAAACAGCUGAAACUGGCAGCAGAGAACCAGGACUCUGAAGUCAUCAAAGACUGAUGUGGGGGAAGGACUUCUCUGGUUUUUGCACAGAUGUGGACAUUUCCCAUUCCUCCUUUUUUUUUUUUUUUUUUUUUUUUUUUUUUUUUU